AUGUCUAGAAGGCCACGAUGUAAAAUCUACAAGAGGGGCUCACGUGCUGCAAAAUCUACAAGAGGGAGAAAGGGGGGGGUGCGGGUGCUUCUCCAUCGUCUAUCGCUAGAGUUGGCUCCUCUUCAUUGCUUGCUUCGUCGCAGGCAGAAUCUCCUUGAAUCUGUAUCUGGAUCCGAAUCCCGGGUGAUCGUCGUCGUCGUUGUCUUCGACUUCGUACCCAACUGCAUUUUGCAUCAUCCGCAGUUGGGUCCCCCAUUCUUUCGACGCGUAGUGGUGGCUCUUGGGUUCUUUGAUUGCGUGGAGUUGAGAGCAGCGCUUGAUUAUCAGUUUUUUUUUUUUUUUUUUUUUUUUUUUUGUUUGUUUGUUUCCAGAAGGAUCGGCUGUUGGGAGGGAGUUCCGCGGGGUUUUGGUGCUCUGGAGGUUUUAUCGAUUUGCAGAAUCGCUGCUUUGAGUUGUCAACUUGUCGCAGUUGCAGGUUUUGUGUUCACGAAGAAUAUGUCGUACUUUGUGCCCCCGUGCAAUUAUGGAAUGGUGGAAUAUGACCUGAGCCGGUCUGGCCAGUGCCACCAGCUCAACUUCCCCUUCCUUGAGCGCCAUAACCUCAAGACUGUGAUUUACCUAUCCUUCGAUGAGCCAUCCCAGCCAUUCCUAAGUUUUUCGGAGGAUCAAGGUAUUGACUUGAUUCGACCCUCGCUGGAGCUUAACGAGCUCCACUGCCAAGCAAGCUCGAUGUUUGAGGCGGAGCUUCUCUCUGCCUUGCAGGUAAUUUUGUCAACCCAGUACUAUCCUCUGCAUGUAAUGUGCAAAUUUGGACACCACCGCACAGAUGGGCAUUAAAUUACUUGCAGAAGAAAAGUUACUCUCUAGAGUUUCUAAGGUUGAGCUCAAAUUCUUGGGUGAACUGUGCAGAGGAAGUAGUAGCAAGAAUGUUUAAUGUUCAAGAGUUCCUGUGGGCACAAUCAAGGGUGCUCGGUUUAGGGCUGACAGAAAGAGUUAGCUUUCUGGUGACAAGUCAGAUGCCCAACUUUAAAUAUUUUCAGGUUUUUGCAUCAAACUUUUAGGCACUACAAGAAAGUCUUCGUUUGUCAAUCUUCUUGCAGGCACAGUGAUAGGUUGCUUGAGAAAGUUGCAAGGGUGGAAUUUGACGGCCAUUUUCGAGGAGUACAGGCGGUAUGCUGGCAGCCGGUCCGGUUCCUCAAUGAACAGUUCAUUGAGCUCUUCGACACAGAUCAUGUUCGCAUCCCUGUGGAUCACCCUAAUUGGUUGUGAUGUGGCACUGCAUCUGUUUGAUGGAGAGACCAGGGAGACACUUCCAGUUGAAUUCACAUCUCGUGUUCAGAGCUGACUAUUUUUGAAAAGCAGCAUGCCCUGACAGGUAUUGCCUUCCAAGCCAGCGGAUAGUCAAAUACAAACUAAUAUCCUUCACAUGAAAUCACCAUACACAAUAUUAAAUGAGCUUUCAUAUCACAUUUUACUAACCAUCAGAUGGUUCAGUCAUCUUAACAAGUUAGAUGAUAGUGCUUUCAUGUUCUCUCUCUCGGUUUUACUUCUUGAGAGCUUCUCCACUAUAUCAUUUGCCCAGAAUACCACCAGCUUGAAGUGGAAACGACUAUCUAUAGGCAAAGUGCACCAGAGUUUUCACAUUUUGGAAUUGCAUCCAUUGUUCAUCAAAACCACUUGGUUUAUUCUCAUUGAAGUGCAUGGCAAAGAAUAGCUAAGACGGAAUGAUAGGAAUCUAAUCGCUUCAGCAAUUUUUUGAUGUCAGAACUAGACUGAGGAGCACAGAAGUCUAGAUACUCCGAGUACACAGGACACCCAGAGCAAUCGUAACAUUUUUGUUAAAAUAACGAAAUGUUUUUGUCACACAGUUUUGGCUUGUU